ACAGCUGUUUCGCCCGUGAGACAACAGGGUGAGCCCCGGUGCUGGCACGACCACGCUGCAGGCGGCCCGAGCUUCGACGACGGCGGAGCCUGCAGGCUUGCGAGGACAGGGCCAAUGCGUGGCGGGGCCCAAGCAGCGGCAGCACCAGCGGGCCCCGGCGGCAGUCGGGGCGAAGCAGCGCCACCGCUAGGUUCUCCGGCGAACAGACAGGGACAGCCCGGCAGGACGAUGCCUCCAACCUCUGCUUACAUUGCAAUUGUCCCAGCCACCCUCCAACAGCAGCUUGAGUUAAUGGAGGAAUCAUUGGGAGAGGUAGCUCUAGGCGCCUCGUUGACCUACAACAUUUCUGAUCUCCAAAUGCAUAAAACCCCCUGCAAGCGGCUGGUUCGAAGGCAGCCAUAUCACGGAUCGACUUCAUUUCGACGCAACCACUACAGACUCUGUCUCGGUCUCCAUUCCUUUGCCUGGCUAACGGGGAUGGGGAUGGCACUUGCUCCACGCUCGUCUCUGUCUCUGCGCUCCCUGCUGCUGCUCAUGUCGCACAGGAAGCCACAUCGGAGCUCUUUCUUCUCCUCCUCCGCCGCCGUUCCGCCUGCGGCUCCAGGAACUGCCACUCCGGCUGCUGAUCCUGCCGUUCAGCCUCCAGCCGCUCCAGAUCCUGAUCUUGCAGUUCCUAAAGGUCCGCGCGAAUCUACCCGCGAUGGUCCGCCACGCCAACCUCCUGGAACUAUGGAUAUAGACGCUAAAGACCCCGGCAAGAAGACUCUCUAACAGCUAAUAAUACAAAGUCAGUGGGAGCCUUUCCCACAUUCCUCAAGGUUCAAAAAAGAAAAAGAAAAAAAAGACACCGGCAAGUCAUCAGAGUUCGCCUACGGCACUUCAACGUGUACUCCUUGAUCAGCCACCCACCGUACGAACUGCAGAAGCCCUCCUCUUCCGGAAGAAUAUUGAAUUAUUGCCAACUGUUCAGGUGCUACGAGCAAAUGCUUGCUGCGGUUACUGCCGUGUUACCUCUGUGGACAUGUAAUCUCAGUGCUGUCAUAUUAUUGAUCUUUGUACCGUUCCAAUCCACUUCAACAAAUAAAGGUGUGCGUUAGAUUUUCGUUUUGAGA